GUUUUCCAGUUAUUCACAAUUGCAUGAUAGUUGCUUGUUAGAUGUUAUCGGCACACAGUAACGAGUAUAAUCAUUGUGAAUCUAAAUCUUCGUUAAUACGUUUCCUGUGCUCGCUUUUGAACCGCUAAAAUACAUCAAUACUGAACGAUUUGAAGCAUCAAGUUUCCCUAAAUUUUCGAUAAAGUUGAUUCUCUAAAACUUUAAAGAUGGCACGACAGUCUAACAUCGAUACCACCAGACAAGAAUUCUUGAAGGAAUCGUACAGAAAAGAGAACACACUUCGAAAUAAAUGGUUUAGAGAGCACUUUGGGUCAGAUGCUUUACCAGCAGGUGUAGGGGGAGCAGAAUCGUCUACAAGCCCCGAACCAGAGAAGAAAGUUGGAAAUCGUGGUAAACCAACCUUCAUAAAGAUAAAACCUGCCCCUGCUACUCCGCCAAAACGAGCAUCUCCAGCUGCGAAAGAGUCUGAAUCUGCAGUGGCACCGGGUCCAGAAAUGAGGCCUCCCACUCCUGAAACGAAAAAGAUGAUUUACACAGGAUUAAGUUGUGAAGGUAAUGGACGGGUAGCUUACCUCGGAAAACGCAAAGGUUUGGCCCCAGAGAAGAAGUUCGAAUAUCCACUUACAAGUGCAUUGGAAGUUGGAUGGGAUAUCAGUGAGAUUGCAAAAACGGCUGAUAUCAAGGAGGUGCACUAUGGAAAAAGUAGGAUCGUCCGAGACACCUUUUUUGCAGAAAGUGGCGUGAUGUAAUUGUUAUAUGCUAACUUAACCAGGACUUCAGACUCAUGAUCAUUCGAGCUUACUCAAUCACAGCAAUUUAUCUACUUUUAAUUUUACUAAAGCAGUCUAUCCGGCUUUAAAAAACCAAAUUGGGUGCAGCUGACUGUGGAAUUUAUUGUUGAUAAAUUUUUAACUUAGAUUUAAUUUUAGUUUUAAAUUUUGUACACUUAUUCAGUAUCAACUGUCUCAGUUUUGAGUUAACAAUUCCAAAUGCAUUAGGUGCGAUGCAGUCAUUAUAAUAUUUGUCAUCAGCUCACUUAGCUUUGUAGACUGUAAAUUAACAUUUUAUGCGUUUGAGAAAUUACUGUGGUCAAGGAUUUAUCUUGUUGUCAAUCACAAGCGCUGAAUCAUUUCUAUAUCAUCAUUUUGAAAACGAA